AUGCUCUCGAAUCCUCAGAUCGUCCUGUUUGGGGACUCGCUUAUCCAGGGAUGCGCCGACGUAUCAGGCGGCUUUUCCUUCCAGGCUGCCCUGCAGGCCCAGGUUAUCCGCCGGUUCGAUGUCGUCAACCGGGGCUUCUCAGGAUACAACACAUCGAAUGCCCUGAGCAUUCUGCCCAAGGUCUUUGCACCGCCGAGCCCGGGCGUGCCGGAACUCAAGUACCUGUUCAUCCUGUUCGGCGCCAACGACGCUGCCGUGCCGCUGCCCACAAACUUCCAGCAUGUGCCCCUGGACAAGUACAAGGCCAACUUGGCGGGCAUCGUCAACCACCCGAUCAUCACCGCUCACAAUCCCAAGAUCUUCAUCGUUACACCGCCCCCACUGGAUGAGAUCCGGGUCACGGUGCUCGAUCAGGAGAAGGGUCACCCCGCCGCGGCCAGACAGACCAAGGUCAGCGCUGCCUACUCGCAAACUGCGCGGCAGGUGGCCGCCGAGAACCGUGGCGUCACCUUAAUCGACCUCCACAAGGCCCUCAUGGACAGGGCCAUCGAGAAGACGCCGGGUUUCGAUCCCAAGGGACGGCCAGCGCUGGGCGAUCCCGAAGGCGGCGUCCGCGGCUACCUCGAGCAUCUGCUCCCAGACGGGCUCCACCUCAGCGCCGAGUCGUACCGCAUCUUCUACGACCUCGUGCGGCCCCAUGUGAGCACCGAGUGGGCGGGCACUCGCGACGAGGACAGAGUUGGCUAUGUGCUGCCCGACUGGCGCGAUGCCCCAUGGCUGGAGGAGGAUUCGUACCUCAAGGGGAAAUCUCGAUGA